CCGAGUUUCAUUUCUUCGAUUUCCCGUCCCUAAAUUUGUUUGGCUCAGCUAUCGCAAACAGAACUUCAUAUUCUUUCUACUUUCUCUAACAAGUGACUGUAAAUUACACAGGUGAAUUUGAAAUUUCAACAUCCCCACGUAGUGAUGGCAAUGGGCGGGGCGGGUACCUCAAUUUCCAUGCCCUGCCCCACGCUAUUACGGGUCGGGGCGGGUAAAACCCGCGCGGGUACGGGGCAGGGCGGGUCGACCCACUCUUACAUGUUAAAAAAAAUACAAGCAAAUUUUACUUUUUACAAUAAAACGUACGGAAAACACUUUAAGAAUGAAAAGUAUUGAUAAUAGAAUGGAUAAUUGAGCCUAACAAAUUGAAAAAUCGACUCUAACUAGUUGAAAAAAAGUCAAAAUAGGAGAAAUAUGUAUAGAUAUUGUAAGAAAUUGAGAUAAAAUGAGUGUAGAACGGGGCGGGACGGGACAGGGCGGGUCCGAAAUAGAUACCCAUGCCCCGCCCCAUACUACUUCGGGUCGAGUAAUACCCGCCCCAUCACGGAUCAAAUCGAGUAAUACCCGCGGGGCGAGUUGAAAUUCCCAUCACACGAAGCUUUCAAACAAGUGAUCAAAACUCAACUCUGAGCAACAGCUCCAAAUCCAACUCGCCGGCUCAAAACCCACCACAAGAAUCCGGCUCGCGCUUUCCACGGCCCUUCCUUCAGCUUGCUCGUGCCCGCCACGCGCACACAGCUGCCCCCAGGCCAAAUCCAUGAUUCACAUAGGCCCAAAGUUUCGGCCUGUUCACUGGACUGGACCAGGCCUCCAUGUCAUUCACAAGCCCAACCUGGAAAUGGAUUUCUCGGCGUAGAACAAUAGGGCCAAUUGGCGCCAAAAGUUAAAGCGAUAAAGUAGGAGCUACGUGGCACUCAUCCACGAGUCCAAGUCAUCAUUAUCCAAAGUUUCAAAAAAAACGGACAAUCAAUUCCCCUCCACUCCAUUCCUUCUACCUCUCUAUCCAAAAUAAGUUACAGGAAAUUCAAAACAGAGCAAGCGAGAAAAACUUUGCAGAGCUCUCUCUUCUCAUGGCGAAGCCAGUCUCCAUUGAAGUAUGGAACCCGAGUGGGAAGUACAGGGUCGUCAGCACCAAAUCCAUGCCCGGCACCCGCUGGAUCAAUCUCUUAAUCGAGCAAGACUGCCGUCUCGAGAUAUGUACGGAGAAGAAAACGAUCCUCUCCGUGGAGGACAUCAUCGCUCUGAUCGGCGACAAGUGCGACGGAGUCAUCGGCCAGUUGACGGAAGAUUGGGGGGGAACUUUGUUCGCGGCGCUGAGCAAAGCUGGAGGGAAGGCAUUCAGCAACAUGGCAGUUGGUUAUAAUAACGUGGAUGUGAAUGCUGCUAAUAAGUAUGGAGUUGCAGUUGGAAACACUCCUGGAGUGCUUACGGAGACGACUGCGGAGUUGGCAGCAUCGCUUUCGCUCGCGGCAGCGAGAAGGAUUGUCGAGGCUGAUGGGUUCAUGAGAGCUGGAUUAUACGAUGGAUGGCUUCCUCACUUGUUUGUUGGGAACUUGCUCAAGGGACAAACUGUUGGUGUCAUUGGGGCUGGCCGAAUUGGAUCCGCUUAUGCUAGAAUGAUGGUUGAAGGGUUCAAAAUGAAUCUCAUAUACUUCGACCUUUACCAAUCGACGAGGCUGGAGAAGUUCGUGACUGCUUAUGGUCAGUUCCUCAAGGCAAAUGGCGAGCAGCCGGUGACCUGGAAACGAGCAUCAUCCAUGAGCGAGGUGCUUCAAGAGGCUGAUGUGAUUAGUCUUCACCCAGUUCUGGACAAGACCACUUACCACUUGAUCAACAAGGAGAGUCUUGCCACAAUGAAGAAGGAAGCUAUCCUGAUAAACUGCAGCAGGGGUCCUGUGGUUGAUGAAGUAGCUCUUGUCGAACAUUUGAAACAGAAUCCCAUGUUUCGAGUCGGUCUCGAUGUCUUCGAGGAUGAGCCUUACAUGAAACCUGGUCUUGGUGAAAUGAAGAAUGCCAUUGUUGUGCCGCACAUUGCUUCUGCUUCGAAGUGGACUCGUGAGGGGAUGGCAACUUUGGCAGCUCUAAAUGUCCUGGGAAAGAUUAAAGGGUUCCCCGUAUGGCACGACCCGAAUCGAGUAGAUCCGUUCCUGAAUGAAAAUGCACCUCCUCCUGCUGCCAGUCCAAGCAUUGUGAAUGCCAAAGCCCUCGGUUUACCUGUUUCCAAGUUGUGAAAAAAAAGUCAAAAACUGCCAGGAUUACAACCUGAGGCUGCUGAGAUCAAUAGUGUUGUAAUUUUACUGAAAUGCUAUGGUGGAAGCCUGGUUUCACCUGUGAAAGGCAAUUUACAGCCAUGUAUAAUUUACUCUCUUGAUAUCAUAAUGCACCCUCCUAAGAUAAUGGGCUUUGUUUUUUAUUUUAUUUUUAUAAUCGAUGGGCUUUGGUUUACAAUUAACUGAGCGGUAGACAAAAUGUAUCAGCAGGCCCAGCCCAAUUUUCCAAACGUGAACUCUUACAGAAUCCGAACAUAAUUAAGAAGCACGGAUAUA